AUGUCUAUUGAAUCUUCGUUGGCGACCGCCGCUGGACUUCAUGCGUCCCAGGGUUGAUCAAUAUAUGUUUCAGUUCUGCGCUGUCGUUUUUCCCUCCCUUUCUUUUGUCGAGACGAUCACUCAUGGCAAAUGCUAGGCCUGAGAUCGAUCUCAUCCACUCAUGGCGAUAUGCUAGGCCUGAGAUCCAUCCCAUCCACUCAUGGCGAUAUGCUAGGCCUGAGAUCCAUCCCAUCCACUCAUGGCGAUAUGCUAGGCCUAAGAUCCAUCCCUUCCACUCAUGGCGAUAUGCUAGGCCUGAGAUCCAUCCCAUCCACUCAUGGCGAUAUGCUAGGCCUGAGAUCCAUCCCUUCCACUCAUGGCGAUAUGCUAGGCCUGAGAUCCAUCCCAUCCACUCAUGGCAAAUUCUAG